ACACGUUUGCACUGGUCCUUUAAGAGCUUAGCACACCCUUGCUCUGUUGCCCUGUUUACCUCCAGAGAUGGCCCAUGGUCUGUGAGGAAAUGUGAGCUCACCAAUCCUUUGAGGUCGGCAAGUGUCAGGGAAAGACGAUCAGCGGGGAGGCAGGGAUGUCUCAAAUACUUUCCAUCGUCAUGUAGAGUUCACGCCUCCCAUUUUAAGCCAGAGUGAGGGUAGAAGGCAACAGGGCAGGCAAUUAGGGUCAGAGAGACAGUCCCACAGAGAAAGAGAGAGAAGCUUCAUGAACACUGUAAAAGCAACUAGUCUGGCAAGAGUACAAAAUCUAAAUAAACCUGACACCGACCGAUACAAACCAAUCAUGGCUGAGACUCAGACUGCACAGGCUGGCCAGAGGAAGCCUUCCACCAACAAGAACAUCAAGAAGCUGCGCACCAUCUGCAUGGUGUCCAGAAAGAACUGGGUGUCCGAGAUCGAGGACAAGCAGGCCAAGGAGCCUGUCGGCUGGGCUCCUGACGCCCUAAGAGAACUUUGGGAUGAACCACCAAAGACACCAAGCACCAUGAAAUUAGGAACCUGGGAGAAGAAGGUUUGUCCCAGUCAGGAUCCUACCGCUGGCACCAACAUACCUGCUGCUCAGAACAACUCUUCAGCUGCCCAGCAGGAGUCGCAAGGCAGUUGUCCUCCUUCCCAAUCGGAGGGUAAAAGGAAGACCCCGCUAGUGCCUCUAGGGGAGUCCCGGAUCAAGACCAAGCAGGUGGUGAAGACUGUGACCAGCGGCAUUCAGGAGAGGAGUGUGGGCAUUACAUAUCUGACCGAGCGGAUUUGUAAGGAGGCUCCACUGCCAGGGGAGGAGAUAGACAGGAUGCUGAGCAAGAGGGGGUCGCCCACACACCUCAGAAAGUGCUCCAAAGUGUUGGAGCGGACCCGCAGUUGGAAGGAGGAGAAGGAGCGGAAUGUACCGUCAGAGGGAGAAUUUGGAGAUGGGCGCACCUGUAGCGUGGACACAGAGGAUAUUGGGUACUCUGAGGCAGAGGAAAGGGCCCUUGAGGCGGAGGGCGGCCAAGGUAACCCUGGACAGACAGACAGCUCUAAACCUGGACAGACAGACAGCUCUAAACCUGGACAGACAGACACCUCUAAACCUGGCCAGACAGAUAGCAUUGGGUCAUCCGGAGAGGCCAAGCAGAGGGACAAUGACAACGUCUCACCUAAAGGGAAAGUUGAGUCAUGGGUGAGGGUCAAAAGACCCUCCAUCUCAGUGGGCAGAAAGGAGUUGGAUGACGCCAACAAGAUCAAUGCUCUCUCAAAGAAGUACAGUGCAGUGGGCGAUCUGAAGAGCCGCUGGCAGAACUGGUCCUCGACGCAUACCGUCAACCAGAAGCUCAACCCCUUUAGUGAUGACUUUGACUAUGAAUACUCGAUGUCCUUACGCCUCCGCAAGGGCGAGGAGGGUUACGGACGUCCCAAGGAAGGCACGAAAACGGCCGAACGGGCCAGGCGAGCCGAGCAACACAUCCACGGUGAGAUAUCCGACAUGUGCUAUGUGAUCAGGACUAUGAAUGACCCAGAUCCGGACGGGAAGACCCGAGUCACUUUCAGAGAACUGUUUGAUAGAUACGUACGCAUCUCUGACAAGGUGGUGGGGAUUCUUCUGAGAGCCAGGAAGCAUGGGAAGGUGGUGUUCAAGGGUGAGAUGCUGUGGCAAGGGCAGGAUGAUGAUGUUAUCAUCACCCUGUUGGUGUGACAUCAUCUGUGGUGGAACCAUACAGAACUAAGGAGACCUAAGUCCUUUUUAACAUUGAAUGACUCUGCACUGAUAGAUUUGGAUAUGUUUCUCAAUAGGAACUUAGACAAUUUGCUGCUAUUAUUUACUGAAGAUUUAACAUCAGUAUCUAACUCAAUAUUGUAUGUUAAUUUGUUGCUUACAGCUGCAGUGUAUUUGUUUGUUAUGGGCAUCAGAGGUAAUGCUUGAACUUGAUUGAUUUGUGUUGGAUUACAGCUUUUUACUAGCUUUUAAAAUACUAUUUUCUGUGUCUUUAUAUUAUGUCUGACCUCAUAAAUCAUGUCAGAACAUGUGUUAAUAUAUGCCUAAUAAAUAGCUUAUUUGACUUGAGGAACAUUG